AUGGCUAGCAAGAAUCCAAUCCACUAUGUCACCCUACAAGAAAUAGCCUAUAAAAACAUUCACAUGAACUUGAAGGUCAUCGGGACAACCGCUGCAUCAAUCGACUCCACGCUGUACAUCGAGCGCGAUCAAUACCCCACAUACGCUGUCGAUCGAUCCAAGACCAAAUGCAAGAAUUAUAAGACGAAAAUCGAAGUGCGGAGGGCAGACACCCUCGCCGUAGCGAUUGAACUGACCAACGUGCCAAAUUCCGACACCGUUGGCGUUCUCAACAUGGCGAAUGCUACGCGCCAGGGCGGAGGAUUCCUCGAGGGCACCACGGCGCAGGAAGAGCAGCUUUGCUACCGCACAACUUUGAUCAACACGCUCAAGAUCCAAUACUACCCACUGCCCGAUGCCUGGCCGCGUAAUUAUCCCGGCCGCCCGAAGCUGGACGACGGCACUCCGCUGGAGAACGAGUACUCCGUGGUAUACUCUCCGGCGGUGGCGAUCUACCGCGAUGACCAGGCAUCCGAAUACAACGUCUACAACACGAGCGUGCGCGGAACGGAAAUCAUCUCCGUCCUCUCGGUCGCCGCGCUGAAUCUGAGCAAGUACAAGACUUUCGACAGGAAGUCGGUGGUAUAUCCCAACAACGAGUGUCGCGAAAUCAUGACGGAGAAGAUCAAGCUGCUCUUGCGUGUUGCCGUCCGACGCAAGAAGACGAGACUGGUUCUCGGAGCGCUGGGCUGCGGCGUAUUCCGGAACCCUCCUGAAGAAGUUGCCCCGAUAUUCAGGCAGUUGCUGCACGAUGAGGAAUUCAAAGGUUACUUUGAGCACAUCGUUUUUGCCAUCCUGCCGAAUGGCGAAGAUACCCGCAAUUUCGACGUCUUCGCAAAGGAAUUCUCUUGA